GUGAACAUGUCAUACUAACCAUUUUUAAGCGGGGCAAUAUGCUCUGGUUUUCGACAACUUGAGGCCAUCUUUUUUGGUUUAAUACAAGUUAUCCAACAGCGAUCGAUUGAAACCAAAAUAAGUUGUUCUGAUGUCUGGAUGGAGCUGGGGCUCGACAUGUCAGUAUGACGUAGAAUGUCUGCGCCAAAGGGGGCAAGUGAUUUAAGGAGGCAGCCACAGUUUAAAAUUUAAAAAUACUUUCAGAAACGACUUCAACAACUAAAACUUGAAUUAAAUGCAUAUAUAAACCCAAUUUUAAAUCAUACGAAAAAUUCAGUUGCACAGACUGUCGCAAACUCUUUACAUAAUACCCGAGAGGAAGUGGUGACAUUUGAUAACGUUCAAGCCUCAAUUCCUCUUAUAUAAUUGGAUGUCAGAACACGUUUUUGUGACCACUUAACAUUUCCAUCGACUCUCAUGUGUCUGCUAUACAUUUUACCGGAUACCACCCCUGUAUUUUCUCCAUGGUCGCUGUACUUGCUGCUACGGGAGAAUGGAGGUCAGUCGGAGAUUGGGGAGUGAAGCGUACAGAUUUUCAACUAUCAGAAACGCACCGACUCAUUCGCUCCGCUGCGCCAGAGGUCAAGAAAACAGAACGAUGUCAGUAGCAGCAGGUUCUAUAAUUGGAGCCAGAACCUGUAGAGGCAAGGUAACCGCACAGCGGAUUUACAAAUGUCAGCAGGUGUCAACAGGGGACAUUCCUGGGAACCGGAAAAUGAAAACCUCAAAGAUAAUGCCCUUAAAUGCAUGGAGUUAAGAGCACAGAGCUCAAAUACUUUUUAGCCUAAAACAUGAGAACAGACUGAGUUAUGGGACAUUACCUCAAGUUUGUUCAAUUUGUGAUUGACUUUUAUUAGACAUUGAUGCUCAACCCUCCAUCAAAUGAACAUGUUCUGCCCAGUGUACAGUCCCAGGGUAAACUAGUAAUAACAGUACACAGGAUGACGUGUUGGAAUAGCAGAGGUGUUGUCAUGGUCACCUUUCACCCUGAAACCUUUGGGUCACCUCAGCAGCUCCAAGAAUUCAGCACGGUCAUGCUCAACCUGGCAGAGCAGCAGUCAGGCCGGUUUCGACCUCACCCAGAGGUCCUGUACUCCACCAGGGCUCACAGCUGGAGGAGCAAAAACAACCAGUCAGACUUCCCACCUCUUCACAGGAGCAGAACGGCCUACUACGACAUCCUCCGAGUGUCCCCAAGUAAAGACCGCCUACUAGAAGCAGUCAUUCAUCUACCAUCCAGACAAGAACCCCGACAAUGAGGAGGCCACCCAGACAAGAACCCCGACAACGAGGAAGCCAGCCAGCGUUUCUCUGAGAUCAGUGAGGCCUUUAGCGUGUUGGGGAGCAUGGCCCUGAGGAGGAAGUACGACCACAGCAUCUUCAGUGGGUCAGAUGUCCAGGAGUCUGGCAGACCCUCAGAACGGGAGUCCAUCUACAACACCAGAGCCUCUAGCCCACAGCAGUAUCAACAACAGCAGAGAUCCCCACGGUUCUCCAACGUUGGAGGGAAGGCCAUGUUUGACCUUGAUGCCUUCUUCCAGGCUCACUAUGGUGAGCAGCUGCAGAGGGAGAAGGAGCUGAGGUCCAGAAGGGCCCAGUACCAGCAGAAACAGCAGCACGAUUAUAAGCAGUGGAAGCUGGGGAAGAUGUUGGAGAUUACUGUAGGGGUGCUGCUGGCCAUGAGUGGUCAGGGGUCUUCUCUUCUUCAGUAUCACCAGAUCCUGAUUGUAUGGGUGCUGCUGGCCAUGAGGGGUCAGGGGUCAUCUUCACUAUCACCAGGUCCUGAUUGUAUGGGUGCUGCUGGCCAUGAGGGGUCAGGGGUCAUCUUCACUAUCACCAGGUCCUGAAAUAAAUCUUAACCAACCUG